GAGACGGAGAGAGCGAGAGCGGUGCGGAGCGGCGCGGCGGGCAGAGUCGCAUCGUGGGGCACGGAGAACGUGACACGAGCCAGCAGCAGGAACAUUGGUGGAACCUGUGCGUCGGCACGAGCGCGCGCCUCGGCUCCGCACCAACUUUGGCAAAGUCCGCGUGCGCCUGGCGACGCGGCGCGUGCGCGACAAGUUGGGCGAGAGGUGGCGGAGGAACGAGUCGCAUCACUGUUUUUAAAUGGAUCCAGCGCGAUCCGGAGGGGGCGUGGACGACGGCGGAGCGCCAGCGAGCGUGGCUGCCUGCGGCUGCAGAUCCAGUGCGGUGACGCGCCGGCUGGAGGAGCCGGACAGCGCGUAGACGGAGCGCGCGCACGCGGAACGCUCCGGGUUGUCGACCUGCUGUCGGUUCGCAGCCCGUUCAGUAGGAUCCGGUUCUGUUCCGUUUAAUGCGCUGCCGGUGGGUAACGCAGGAGGACCGACGGAGCGAACUGGAGCUGAGCCCAGCGCGUGACAGUUGUUUAAGGAAGUCCAAUUACCGGAGCUUCGCGUGGGAAUGCAACGUGGGCGAGUCCACUCGAGACGUUGGUCCCAAGUGAAACUGAGGCGCUCUUGAUUGGUCAAUACUGACAGGUGUUGCUGUCACGGGCCAGCGGACUGCGUUCACCUGCGGCUCUGCGCUUAAAAGCGGACUCCUACGGCUGGAACGGUCGCCGAUAGCCGAUGGAUAUUUCAAAAUUAGUUUAAUCUUAUUUACUUUCCUCGCGUCAGGAGGAAACGCGUCCUCGUCUCGAUAAUGCGCCUGAAACGCCGGAUGAGAAAGUAACCGUCCUUUUUAGCGUCGCCUCCUUUUCUGAUCCGGCUACAGCCAAAAUGUCAAGCAGCGGACCCGUCAUCGUCUACCAGUGGCUGAAGACCCUCCAGCUCGCCCAGUACGUCGAGGCGUUCGUGGAUAAUGGAUACGACGACCUGGAGGUCUGCAAGCAAAUCGGGGACCCUGACCUGGAUGCGAUCGGCGUCUACAUCCCUCAUCACAGGCAGAGGAUCCACGACGCCGUGAGGCGCCUGAAGGAGGAAGCCAAAGAGACGGCCAGCGGACUGUACUUCACCCUGGAGCCGAUGCCGCCGGCGGCUGAGGUUUACACCAGCCACAUGGUGGACCAGUACGAGUCCAAACUGCGGGCGUCCAAGUCCUGGACCGAGCACAACAGCGAGCGGGUUGCGCGCAACGGUGGGUUCAUGGGCGCGCAGAGGAACCUGACGCUGGGCAACAGGAGGGAGCUGGUGAUUUACCCCAAGCUGAAGCUGAAGAUCAUGAUCAGGGAUAAACUCAUCAGGGAUGGCAUCAACCUCUCCAAGCCGCCCUACUCCAAUAAGGACGGCUCUCUGGGCAACAUAGAUGACCUCGCCCAGGAGUACUCUGAGUAUUACAACACCUGCUUCGGCGACGUCAGCGAUCGCAUGGAGGAGCUGCGCAAGAGACGAGUGUCCCAGGAGCUCGAUAUGGACAAACAGGACCCCAGCAGCACGUCCCUGCAGCUCCGUAGUGAAAUCCAGGAAUCCUUGGGCUUCAGCAGCGAGGUGUCAACUCCAGAGACAGACAGAAAAAUGCCCCUGCACAAGUCCAGCUCUGAAGAUGGGUCUGGAGGCAAAUGGGACAAUAAAAAGAAAAACAAAUCCUUUUGGCAGAACUUCCGCAAGUCUCCACACAAACCCGUGGUGCGACAGGCUUCCAAAGGAGAGGACAUUGGCUACGUGGCCAGUGAGAUCACCAUGAGCGACGAGGAGCGAAUCCAGCUGAUGAUGAUGGUGAAAGAGAAGAUGAUUACCGUAGAAGAAGCUCUGGCUCGGCUGAAGGAGUAUGAACGCAGCAGACAGUCCAGCAGUACUGACACUGCAGAGUGGACUGAAGGAUGUGCACCCACUUUUAACCAGUCCUCAAACUGCAACUCUCGUGAGCAGUCGGACGAUGAGGCAUCAGAGGACUCUGUGAAGUUUAAACGUCUUCACAAACUGGUUAACUCAACACGCCGGGUCAGGAAAAAGCUCAUCAAGGUGGAAGAGGGCAAGAAACAUGCCUCUGAAGAUUUUCUGAAUCUGGAAGCAACUCCCACCUGUGAGGACAACACCGCUCUCUACACGGGUGUCCUGAAGAAGCCGGCGCUGCCCCAGGAGGCCUCCCUGCCGUCCCUCGCCCACGAUCAGCUCUCCCUGGACGGCGACACGGACAGCCUGACCACCUCGCCCUCCUCCAGCAGUCUGGACACCUGGUCUGGGCACAAGCUGGUCAAAACCUUCAGUAAGUCCUCCAGCACCCACGGCCUCAUCCGACCCCCCAAGAGAACGCCGCUGGGCUCCGCAGGCCUGGGGGGGUCCGUGUCCGGCGUGGGCGGCAGCGGCUCCUCCUUCUCCGAGCUGGAUGGCUGCGGACUGGACGACGAGGGCAAACUGUCGCGCUCCACGACGGACGGCGAGAUGCGGAAGGCGCUGAACUCCAUCUCCCACGGGGUAAGUAACAACGAGGCCCUCUAUGCCUUCUACGGCCUCACCAAACCCCGCCCCAAACCCCACAACCAGUCCCGUCUCCUCAUCUCCCUGGACGACGCGCAGCAAGGCAGCCCCAAACACCCGCCCGCCCACCGGCACCUCGGCAGCUGGACGCACCGCAAGCCGGACCCCAACUACGCGUACUCCACUAAGCACCUGCUGUACCAGCGCGCACGCAACGCCCCUGCCUCCCCCUUGUCUGUCGCCCCCCCCUCCCCCGCGCGCUGCGACGUAGCCAAGUCGAAGGCUUUUGGAAGCGGCGGGAGCGGCUGGGCGUUCCCGUCCCGCAGGCUGCGCGGCCGCACCGCGGUCAGCGAGCUGAACAUCACCUAUGUGGUGGAGCGGAGCCUGUACGGCCACCUGAACUGGGCCCAGCUGGUCCGCCCGGUAACGCUCAGCCGCGCCGAGCGCCGCUGCCUGUUGGAGGAGGACCGGGAGGCGGACAGGAAGUGGGCGGCCAGUGUGGACCGCUGCACCAAACGCGUGCUCUUGCGGAUCCAGCAGAAGUCUAGAACAUGCAGCUUCGGAGGCUUCGACCUGUCCAACCGCUCGCUCCAUGUGGUCAACGCAGGCUCCGAGGCCAACAAUAAAGAGCACGAGGCUAUAUACAGGGAAGUGGUCAAGUCGCCCACUACUUCUCGAAUCUCGCUGGGCAAGAAGGUCAAGUCGGUCAAGGAGACGAUGAGGAAGCGCAUGUCGAAGAAGUACAGCAGCUCCUUGUCUGAGCAGUCGAGUCCGGAUGGAGCCCCUGGUUCCCCUCAGUCCCCUCAGCCCGACACCGACUCUCUGGAGAAGCCGAAGCUCAAGGCGGGAGGCUCGGUGGAAAGCCUGCGCAGUUCACUGAGCGGACAGAGUUCAAUGAGCGGUCAGACAGUGAGCACCACCGACUCAUCGGCCAGCAACAGAGAAAGUGUGAAGUCCGAGGACGGCGACGACGAGGAGCCGCCGUACAGAGGACCGUUCUGUGGUCGCGCUCGGGUUCACACAGACUUCACCCCCAGCCCCUACGACACAGACUCCCUCAAACUGAAGCGUGGUGAUGUCAUCGACAUCAUCAGUAAGCCGCCCAUGGGAACGUGGAUGGGUCUGCUCAACAACAAAGUGGGCACCUUCAAGUUCAUCUACGUGGACGUGCUGAAUGAGGAGGAGGAGAAACCCAAGAGGCCGGUGAGGAGGAGGAGGAAGGGCCGACCUCCCAAACCCACCUCUGUGGAGGAGCUGCUGGAGCGCAUCAACCUCAAGGAGCACAUGCCCACGUUCCUGUUCAACGGCUAUGAGGAUCUGGACACAUUCAAGUUGCUGGAAGAAGAAGAUCUGGACGAGCUGAACAUCAGAGAUCCUCAGCACAGAGCGGUGCUGCUCACGGCCGUAGAGCUGCUGCAGGAGUACGACAGCAGCAGCGACCCAGAGCGCGGUGGCCUGUCGGGCUCCCAGGAGAAGCUCCUGUCUGAGGGCCGGGGGCUGGUGGGAGACUCCCCGCGGGACUCCGGCUGCUACGAGAGCAACGAGAACCUGGAGAAUGGUAAGAGCAGGAAGGUCUCCCGCUCCAGUCGCUCCUCAGCCGGCCUCCAGUCCCCGGACUACCCCACCCUGCCCAUGACCCUGUCCACAGAGGCUCUGCAACAGAACAACAAGAACCAGCGCCUAAAGUUCCCCAGGAGCUUCUUCAUCAAGCCCUCCCUGAAGGGAUUCAACCUGCUGGGGCUGCGCAAGACCCAAAGACGGUCCCCCAUCCCGGCGAGCCGCAGCUGUGAGGACCUGGACGGACCCCCACAGCCCAGUGGUCCCUGGAAACGCUCCCACUCGCUGGGAGACCUGCACUGGGAGCAGAGUGCCGAGCAGAAAAAGGAUCUGGGUGUGGAGCUCAAAACCACCAAGGACGGACCCAAAUCUGGCAACAGCAGCCCCGCCAAGGUCUGUAGAGAUGAAGGUUCCCCUUCUCCCAACGGGAAUCCAACGGUGGCCCCCAAAGUAAGGGCUGAGAGGCCACCAAUACCCUCCCAGCUGCCUCUCCACCCUCCCUGCCCUGCAACCCAGUCCCCCAAUUAUCCGGAGCUCCUCUCAAGCCCAAGCCCGAGCCCCCCAGAGUCUAGUGGUGAGAGGGUGAUUCGGACUCACCCCAAAAAGCCCCCAGUCCCUCCUCCUGUUCCUGCCAAAAAGUCCAGGGACCGGCUGGCCAAUGGCCUGCGCCACCCCCCUCUCUCCCUGCCCUCCUCUCCGUCGCCCACCCACUCCCUUACCCGUUCCCACCCCAGCAGCCCCGUGAUCCGAAGCGGCGGCAGCAGCCCCUGUGCCCCCGCCCUGCCCGCCAAGAGCCCCAGCGCCCACACCAGCCCCAGCGCCCACACCAGCCCCAGCGCCACCUCCUCGGCCUCUUCCAUGGGCGAGGAGCCCGGCAGCCCGCUGGCGGCGCAGCCUCCGUGGCUCUCGGACCUCGGGGGCAAGGUGGCCGUGGCGAGAAAGCUCUCCCAUUUCAAGCCCAGUUCAGACCUGCUCACUCUGCUGGAACAGCGGCUGGAGGCGGAGGGAAUCGAUCUGACGGAGGAACCGUACUCCGACAAGCACGGCCGCUGCGGGAUCCCCCAGCCGCUGGUGCAGCGCUACUCCGAGGACCUGGAGCAGCCCGUGAAGGACGUGGCCGCCACCAUGGACCAGCUCCGGGUCCGAGAGCUCCGCAAACAGCACCGCAUGGCUAUUCCCUCCGGAGGUCUGACGGAGAUGUGCCGGAAGCCGCCGCCCUCAGGUAACGUCAGCACCGUCUCCGAUUGGCUCGUCUCCAUCGGCCUGCCCAUGUACGCGGCGGCGCUGGCGGCGGCCGGCGUGGACACGCUGGGCCGCGUGGCCGCGCUGACGGAGCGCGGCGCGUGGGAGGCCGGCGUGCGGGACGAGCGACACGCCCGGCGGCUGCUGAGCGAGGCGCGGCAGCUCAGGACGCACAGGGAGGCGCGGUCCUAAGUGGGAGGUGCGUCCGCUGGUCAGGUGGGACGGAACUGUACCACACCUCGUUUCACAUGAGUGAGGACCAAUCGGAGCCGGACCCCCGUCGUUCUGUCACUUAUCUAAUGUUUACGGCAGUCAGGAGACAGCCAGGACACGAUCAGAUGCCUUUCAAAAUAAAACGCAGACUCGCUCCGUGGACGGCUUUUGUUCCGUAGGCUCCCGCAAAGUCUUAACGCAAGGACGUGGAUCUGCCACAGCGCGAUUUUUCUAAGGAUGGAUGUUUUUUAAAAAAGAAAAUACAGAAUAUAGGUUUAUUUGCUGCAUAUUUCAUAAGCGUUUCAUUUCCCACUCAUUUUCGUGGCGAAUCGACUUUAUCUGAGGGUCUUUUCACUCGGCCAGAGCGAAUUCACCGUCUCUUCCUCCCAAACGGGUUGACGAUGAGGAAGAUGACGGCGCUCUCCCAUCGUCCGGACUAAAAAUAACCAUUAAACAUCCAGCCACCAGUGAAUAAUGGUGUUUUUCAGAUGGCUCGUUUUUUGUAUUACGUUUCUGUAUCAUAGCAUAAAUGCAUAUGUUAAUUUUUAAAAGAUGGAUGAUGUUAAAGUUUGUACUUGCAUUUUGAAUGUCGUGGCCAGCGCUCAGUCAUUUCUAAGCUGAAUCAGCUGACGUCACGCCCUUUCUAUUUCAUAUUAUACUGUGUGUUCGCGCGCUCUGCUCCGAUAUGAACACGAGGCUUUCAGAAAGCUGUUCCUGCACCUUUAUCACAAUCAGCUUUCAUAGCAACAAUACAUUCCCUGCGUAUCCAAGGACAUUUUAAUGCCUUAUGAAUAUUAAUGAAAUGCAAGAGCUACAACAUAUAGAUUUGACUCGACCACGACUGAGAAUGAAGUUUUUUGUUCUGAACGUGUCCGACUGACGGACGGUUGAGACGGACGGACACCGUCCCACACGUGGUUAUCGCCCUACAGAACCACAGGCACAACUCAGGUGGUUCCGCCCUGAACGCCCUUCGCCUUGUUCAGCGCUCUCACCGGGGAAAAUGGCACGUGGGCCGUCACGCGUGACAAUAAGCUGUUCGUGAUUAUGCCAUCAUCAUCAUCAUCAUCAUUUGACUUGGAGGGCGGAUGGUGAAGAACAGCUACAUCAGGUGCGAAGCCGACCUUCAUGGUCACUGCAUCGUCUGGAAAAUCAGGGAAACGCACAGAUGGGUCAACCUGGUUGAAUGCAAUGAAAAGCCCGUUCCAGACACGGAAAUGUUAGGACCGGAACCCUGCGACUGUUCUAACAAAGCUUCUGUCUGUGAGGAUGUUGUUCAGAGUUUGACCGUAGAUGCAGUGGGCCCCUGGUAGAUAGAGAGAUAGAUGCUUGAUGCCUUUUUUCAAACCGGUGCUCUGAGAACGUGAGCAUGAACGCCGUCAUUAGACAAGACCAAGACCCAAGAUGUGUUUUGUGAAGAGUGGAAAUACUGACACUGUUAAUGCACUUUAGAGGGUAAAUUUAACGGAAUUGGCUUCAUUUUGUCCACAGGUCCAUGAACUCAUCGUCAGGUAAUCAGUGGCUUUCAGUGGGUUAUGCUGGUAUUUUAAUUUAGUAUUAAGUUCCCAAUGACAAGUUCAGUAACCAUGAGUUAACCUUCUAGUUUCUCAAAUUCACUUUUUGGUGGUCUAGAAAUUAAAUUCUUAAUUACAUAUAUGAAAUGCUUGGCAGACGUUGCACAUUCUGUAUAUGUAAUUAAUAUUUAAAUAACUUAUUUUUGCUUUUGCAUCAUCUGUAAUUAGCUGUACUAUAUAAAUAGCAAUACCUUCCUGCAUAAUGCACAUUGCUUUAGCCAGUGAGGAACUACAGUAUGUAUUUGUAAAAUAUGUGUACAAAUUAUUUUAUUUGGUUUCCAUCUACCUAAUGUUUGUCCAUACAUAUUUGCUUGUGUAUUGAACAGCAAAAGUAAUGUCUAUAACUAUUUGUCAUUCUGAAAUAUAAUAAAAGCUGUUUCUUGCCA